CGGGCACGGGCGGCUGCUGGGCGCCGGCAGCGCCGGGACAGCACAUGAUUUGGGAGUUACAGCUUGUGACAUGGAUGAAUCUGCACUGACUCUUGGGGCGAUCGAUGUUUCUUACCUGCCAAAUUCAUCCGAGUACAGUGUCGGUCGGUGUAAGCACGUAAGCGAGGAAUGGGGUGAGUGUAGUUUCAGACCCACCGUCUUCAGAUCUGCAACUUUGAAAUGGAAGGAAAGCUUCAUGGGGCGGAAGCGGCCCUUCGUCGGCCGUUGCUGCUACGCCUGCACUCCGCAGAGCUGGGAGAAAUUCUUCAACCCCAGCAUCCCGGCGUUGGGUCUGCGGAAUGUUAUCUAUAUCAAUGAGACUCACACGAGGCACCGAGGAUGGCUUGCGAGACGUCUUUCUUACGUGCUUUUUGUCCAGGAGCGAGACGUCCAUAAGGGCAUGUUCGCCACCAACGUGGCGGAGAAUGUCCUGAACAGCAGCAGAGUCCAAGCGGCGAUCGCAGAGGUGGCUGCCGAGUUAAACCCCGGCGGCUCGGCUCAGCAGCAGUCGAAAGCCAUCAGUAAGGUGAAGAAGAGAGCCAAGAAGAUCCUUCAGGAAAUGGUGGCCACCGUCUCACCAGCAAUGAUCAGACUGACGGGGUGGGUGCUGCUGAAACUGUUCAACAGCUUCUUUUGGAACAUUCAGAUCCACAAGGGGCAGCUCGAGAUGGUCAAAGCUGCAACUGAGAUGAACCUGCCGCUUAUAUUCCUGCCGGUCCAUAGGUCCCACAUCGACUACCUGCUGCUCACCUUCACACUCUUCUGCCAUAACAUCAAAGCCCCAUACAUCGCCUCGGGCAAUAAUCUCAACAUUCCCAUCUUCAGUACCUUGAUCCAUAAGCUUGGGGGCUUUUUCAUCCGACGGAGGCUAGAUGAAACCCUGGAUGGACAGAAAGACGUUCUCUAUAGAGCGCUGCUCCACGGGCACAUCGUGGAACUCCUGCGGCAGCAGCAGUUCUUGGAGAUCUUCCUGGAAGGGACGCGCUCCCGAAGUGGCAAAACCUCCUGUGCCCGGGCGGGCCUCUUGUCAGUGGUGGUGGACACCCUGUCUACCAAUACCAUCCCAGACAUCCUGGUCAUACCUGUUGGCAUCUCCUACGACCGCAUUAUUGAAGGACACUACAACGGCGAACAACUGGGCAAGCCUAAGAAGAAUGAGAGCCUCUGGAGCGUCGCCCGGGGCGUGAUCCGAAUGUUACGGAAAAACUAUGGCUGCGUCCGAGUGGAUUUUGCCCAGCCCUUUUCCUUAAAGGAGUAUUUAGAAAGCCAAAGUCAGAAACCUGUGACUGCUCCCCUUUCUUUGGAGCAAGCACUGCUGCCAGCUAUAUUCCCCUCAAGACCCAGUGAUGCUGCUGAUGAAGGUACAGACACUUCCAUCGAUGAGUCCAGAAAUGCAACCGACGCAUCGUUCCGAAGAAGGCUGAUAGCAAACCUGGCGGAGCACAUACUGUUCACUGCUAGCAAGUCCUGCGCCAUCAUGUCAACACACAUCGUGGCCUGCCUGCUCCUCUACAGACACAGGCAGGGAAUCGAUCUGUCCACGCUGGUGGAAGACUUCUUCGUGAUGAAGGAGGAGGUCUUGGCACGGGAUUUUGACUUGGGCUUCUCGGGCAACUCGGAAGAUGUGGUCAUGCAUGCCAUCCAGCUGCUGGGGAACUGCGUCACCAUCACCCACACCAGCCGCAGCGACGAGUUCUUCAUCGCCCCGAGCACCACCGUGCCGUCUGUCUUCGAGCUCAACUUCUACAGCAAUGGCGUGCUCCACGUCUUCAUCAUGGAGGCCAUCAUGGCCUGCAGCUUGUACGCGGUUCUGAACAAGCGGUGCUCCCCCAGGGGGCCGGCCGGCGCCCCUCCCAGCUUGAUCAGCCAGGAGCAGCUGGUGCAGAAGGCCACCAGCCUGUGCUACCUGCUCUCGAACGAAGGCACCAUCUCGCUCCCCUGCCAGACAUUUUACCAAGUUUGCCACGACACGGUCGGCAAGUUUAUCCAGUACGGCAUCCUCAUCGUGGCGGAGCAAGAUGACCAGGAAGACGUUAGUCCUGGUCUCGCUGAGCAGCAGUGGGACAAGAAACUUCCGGAACCUUUGUCUUGGAGAAGUGACGAGGAAGAUGAAGACAGUGAUUUCGGGGAAGAGCAGCGAGAUUGCUACCUGAAGGUGAGCCAAUCCAAGGAGCACCAGCAGUUCAUCACCUUCUUACAGAGGCUGCUCGGGCCUCUGCUGGAGACCUACAGCUCCGCUGCCAUCUUUGUGCACAACUUCAGCGGCCCCGUGCCGGAGCCCGAGUACCUGCAGAAGUUGCACAAAUACAUGAUCACCAGAACAGAAAGGAACGUGGCUGUGUACGCUGAGAGUGCCACGUACUGUCUGGUGAAGAACGCCGUGAAGAUGUUGAAGGAUGUUGGGGUUUUCAAAGAAACCAAACAGAAGCGCGUGUCUGUGUUAGAACUAAGCAGCACCUUCCUACCUCAAUCCCACCGGCAAAAACUCCUGGAAUACAUUCUGAGUUUCGUGGUGCUGUAGGUGGCCCCGACACCUCCGCAAGCCAAGGACGCAGGAUGCUUGCCUCGAAGGAAGGCGCUGGCCUCCUACUUGAGGGUUGAAGGUGCCGACUGGGCAGGCCCCGCCCGGCCCUACCUGACCUCCGGGAAGACAAGUGCCUUCUCCCCUCGGUGGCUCUGUGAGUGUCCCAGCUCGGCAGUGACACAGCCGCCUACAGAUGACACUCGACUCCUUCGCCACCCCCAGCCACCCCCGCCCCACGAGCCUCCAUGUGCAAAUCAUAAUCCGUCGAUGGCCAGGUGAAGUCUCCAUAAAUUAUCUGGGGGGUUAUUAAAGAUUUACACUUUAAGUACAACUUUCAAGGACUAAUUACUGUGAUGGACACAGUAUGCUGGCACUGACAACUCACGCAUCAGACCGGGUGCUGUGCCAGCCACUUCCUACGACCCGCUCCUGAUGAAUGGUUAGUGCUUCCUUUGAAAAACCAUCGGGCCAGCUGGUCACUGCGGUUUUGCUCUUGUUUUCUCAGCUUAGCAUUUCCCAGCUUUCCUUUUGCCAAUAGUUACUGCUGUGUUUACACAGGAGCACCUUCCACCCCAAUGUGCUCUGUAGCCACGUGCGGGCUGGGGUGGGCCAUCCCCCCUUCCCCUGUGCUGCCCUCUCCUUCGGCCUAGCAAGUGUCUUUGAAGAGUUACAGGACAGCAGACAGCAUCAGUUUAGGUCAGAAAGAAAGACCUGGUGAACCAACAGCUCUCAGUGGGAAGUACAUUUGGCUGGCCAGAGUCAAGGUCAGCUUUGGCCAGAGAGCGGGCCUUGGAAACCUUUGCUCUCCCAGAAAAGUGCCACUGAGUUUUAAACGACCAGCAAGUAUUCAGAGACCCCCUCCCCGCACUCCUGUUUCCUGUCUGUGUCCCCUGCUAGCCCCUGGCCCAACUCAAGUGUUAACUCUCCCAGGAGCCAGCUGUGUCCUGGAAAUCCCCCACCUGCAGAGCCACUGUCCUGGCUUGAUGAGCUUGGCUGAUAGACUGUUAGCCUCAGUCGCUCUGGCCUUAGGCGCCCGACCUGGGGUUGCCAGCCUCGGUACAUAGCUUACGCUGCCUCCCCAAUCUGGGUGCCCUGGUGCCCAUGCCUGUUGUGCAGCACACAACCUGUGCGCCUCACAUGGUGGUCCGGCUGGCUGGCAAGCGGUCAGAUUUCUGGAUUUUUAACUUUGAUGAAAAACCACGGUUCUUUAAAAAAAUCUUGUAGGUUAUGUACCUAAAUCCAGUGCCACAGAGUGGCAAAUUAUUAUGAAAAAAGAGAAGUGUUCAUAACAGGUAGGUUCCUUUCUGUGAGCAAGGGGCAUAAUUAUUACUUCAUUGUGGUAGUCAUGGUGAUUUCUUCAGGAUCAUGUAAUGUGAAAAUGUUCUCUUAACAGCUGUCUCUUAACUCCAUGCCGUUGUGGAAUUCAGAAUUUCCCCCGAUGAAUGUUGCAUAUCUUCUUGGAAUUUAAUCUAGGCGUACUGAGGAUGAAAUCUGUACUUUGCUAAGCUUGGGUUUUAACUACUAACCGUAUCACCUAAGAAAAUCAGCCACGUGCUCGGGAGAGGAAGGGUUAGUGGUUGGGACUGCAUGUGGAAUGAAAUGACGCACUUGAACCUCAGAGCAAUAACGCUCUACCCCUGUAAUUAUCUCCCGCCUGGCUCCAAUCCUCUGUCUGAAAUAAUAUGCUCUGCCUCCGCACAGGGCCUCGAGUCACGCCCCGGGCAUUACUGUGUCGCAGCAGCCUUGACUGGAGCUUGGGUCUUCUCCCCACACCAGCCCAUGUUCCCAGGCUUCCAGAGAGAGUGGAAAACCACUGCUCUAGGCUGGAGCUCUGCCUUUGGGGAUUUCCUCCCCAGGGUGCCCCUCCCAGCGGCCCCCACUGCCCUGUCUCUCCUGCCAGAGCUGCUGUGCUGGCCCCGGCUGAGGAGCAACGGUUUCUCUGGCGCGGCUGGUUUGCCAGCGCUCUCGUGGGAUGCUUCAGGGGAUGCAGCAGCCAGCUCCCUAGCUCUCCCGCCACUCUUACGUCACUGUGAGCAUCAAUAUGCACGCUUUUUCUAACAAACUGGUGCUUUGAAAACCGUUUUUUAAGGAAGAGCAAUCUCAACCAAAGUUAUGCUCACCCAGACCAGCUGACCCUUGUGUUAAUACUCGCACGGCUCGCCCGCCGGUGCUGCAUGACUGAGCGUCACACCCCGAGGUGGCCCAGUUGCCACCUGGGUUGGCUCCUGGAGCUCCUCUUUGCUAACAGAUCGUUUCCUCCCAAAGCGAUGGCUUUUCUGUAAGAGUAACCAAACUAGGUGCUUGUCAACAACUUACGAUAGUUUACUGUCUUCCAUUUCUGGCAAACGGAGAUGCAUGCCUUCCAGGGAAAGGAACUGCGAUUCCAGUAGAAAAGGAAGGGAAACAAAAUAACAGAACUAAUAAGCAAUAUGAAACGACAUUCUGGUGGGUUUUGUUUGUUUGUUUGUUUUAAUGAGAAUAUCCCAAGUCAUUCGGGAGAGGGGGCGGAAGUCUGGCUCUCUUCAGAGGUAAGGAGAAGCCAAGGUGGAGACACGGUUGGGGCAGGAGUGUCGAACGGUCCCCACAAAGCCCCCGAGCCUGCCUUUGAGGAGCCAUUCAGUCCCCCAAAGCCACGGGGCCAGUGGAGAAUGGGCACUUGGGGAUUGCAAAGAGCAGAAGCUUGGCUUGUGCAAUUUUCAAAGACCCGGAGGAAGAAUACUUUCCCAUCGUGCCCCAGGGGACACCAGUGCCCUGGGGGGUGGGCGGUGGCGGCAGUUGUCGGGUGGUCACAGGGUUUUGUAGUGAAAGUGUUGCCCAUUAGGUAAGUUGGACCCCAGGGAGUCUGCUUCCUGGAAACUCCCAGUGAUGGAGGGCCACAUCAAGGGUUCCAGGUGCCUGGUGAGGAGCCUGGUGAAGCUGGCCUUUCACAAGGCUGUGCCGGGACCCAGGACUUGUCCUCCCUCUUGCUGGUGCCCCUUGGAGAGUGUUGGCAAAUACCAUGUUAACCCCAGGGCACUGAGCAAUAGCAGACAGGUGGCACCGAGGCAGAGUUCGUGUGCCAUCAAAUGGCAGGCCUGUUGAGCAGAUGCCUGCUUCUUCCUGGGACCCAGAAAGCACGGAAGUGUGGUGACACAGGUGGCCAGAGCCCUUCCCGGUGAUGGGAAGAUUGGCCAGCCAGGUUCCUGGGGUUUCACUGCAGGGAGCAGAAGCACCCCAAGGAUUAGCUACAGCAAAGAAUGAGGGUUUGAGUUCAGAGACAGGCGAAGCCCGCACAUAGCUGAUGGCAGAGUUUGAUCCACAGACAGUCCUAGUGUUUAGAAAUGAAAGUUCUCCAUCACUGAGGCUUCUAAGAUGUAAUCUGGGGUUCUUUGGGAAUUCUGUCAGUCUUUUAAAACACUGCUGAGGAACUGGAGACUUGCCGUCUGGCUGUUUAAUAUGAACUAAUGAUUGUAUUUGAAAGAACACUUUGAUCUCUCUAAGCAACCACAGCUCUGAAAUGCCUCAAUGGAAAAGGGUUCAAGCUGCCUGCCCACUGUACAGAGAAAUGCGAGGUUGUAAAAGGUGACUGUACAGUACUGUAAAAUAACGCUGUGGGAUUUUGUGAGCGAAACCUCUUUGGAAAUGUCGGCUGAUUUUUGUGCCUGUUGUAUGUAUUGUGCGAACCACAGAACUGUAGUUUUAUUUUAAUAAACCAACAAAUGAAAAGA